GGCGGCGCGCGCGACCCCGCGGCGGAGCAGCAUCAUCAAGGAUCCUUCAAACCAGAAAUGUGGCGGGAGGAAGAAGACGGUGUCUUUCAGCAGCAUGCCCUCAGAGAAGAAGAUAAGCAGCGCCCACGACUGCAUCAGCUUCAUGCAGGCCGGCUGCGAGCUGAAGAAGGUGCGGCCCAACUCGCGCAUCUACAACCGCUUCUUCACCCUGGACACUGACCUGCAGGCACUUCGCUGGGAGCCUUCCAAGAAAGACCUGGAGAAGGCCAAACUGGACAUUUCAGACAUCAAGGAGAUCCGGCUGGGGAAGAACACAGAAACGUUCAGAAACAAUGGCCUUGCCGACCAGAUCUGCGAGGACUGCGCCUUUUCCAUACUUCAUGGGGAAAACUACGAGUCCCUGGACCUGGUGGCCAACUCCGCCGAUGUCGCCAACAUCUGGGUGUCUGGAUUGCGGUACCUGGUGUCUCGCAGUAAGCAGCCCCUGGAUUCUAUGGAGGACGACCAGAACACCCCUCGGUUUUUGUGGUUGAAAACAGUGUUUGAAGCUGCCGAUGUUGACGGGAAUGGCAUUAUGUUGGAGGACACUGCUGUCGAGCUAAUAAAACAACUCAACCCUACCCUGAAAGAAUCUAAGAUCAGGUUAAAGUUUAAAGAAAUCCAAAAGAGCAAAGAAAAAUUAACCACCCGAGUGACUGAAGAGGAGUUUUGUGAAGCUUUUUGUGAACUUUGCACUCGGCCGGAAGUGUACUUCUUACUUGUGCAGAUAUCGAAAAACAAAGAAUAUCUGGAUGCUGAUGACCUCAUGCUGUUCUUGGAAGCGGAGCAAGGGGUCGCCCACAUCACAGAGGCCAUGUGCUUGGACAUCAUCAGGAGGUUCGAGCUUUCUGAGGAAGGGCGUCAGAAGGGGUUUCUGGCCAUCGAUGGCUUCACGCAGUACUUACUGUCACCAGAGUGUGACAUUUUUGAUCCUGAGCAAAAGAAGGUCGCCCAAGACAUGAGCCAGCCUUUAUCUCACUACUAUAUCAACGCUUCCCACAACACCUACCUAAUAGAAGACCAGUUCCGGGGCCCGGCUGAUGUCAAUGGCUACGUCAGAGCUUUGAAGAUGGGCUGUCGAAGCGUCGAGCUGGAUGUGAGCGAUGGUCCAGAUAACGAACCGAUCCUUUGCAAUCGAAAUAACAUGACCUCACCCCUGUCCUUCCAGAGUGUCCUGGAGGUGAUCAAUAAGUUUGCCUUUGUCGCCUCUGAGUACCCACUCAUCCUCUGCCUAGGGAACCACUGCUCCCUGCCCCAGCAGAAGGUCAUGGCCCAGCAGAUGGAGAAAGUCUUCGGCGACCAACUCUACACAGAAGCCCCCUCGCCGUCCGAAUCCUACCUCCCGUCACCAGAAAAGUUAAAAAGGAUGAUCAUUGUGAAAGGAAAGAAACUGCCCUCUGACUCAGACGCGCUGGAAGGAGACGUCACAGACGAGGACGAAGAAGCUGAAAUGUCUCGCAGGAUGUCCGUCGACGACAGCGGGGAGCAGAAGCAGAUACGGCUCUGUCGUGAGCUGUCUGAUUUGGUGUCCAUUUGUAAAUCUAUUCAGUACAGGGAUUUUGAGCUGUCUAUGAAAAGCCAGAACUAUUGGGAAGUUUGUUCAUUUAGUGAAACAGAGGCUAGUCGGAUUGCGAAUGAGUACCCAGAGGAUUUUGUGAAUUACAAUAAGAAGUUUUUGUCUAGGGUCUACCCAAGUGCCAUGCGGAUCGAUUCCAGUAACUUGAACCCGCAAGACUUCUGGAAUUGCGGCUGUCAGAUUGUGGCCGUGAACUUUCAGACCCCAGGGCCGAUGAUGGACCUGCACACGGGCUGGUUCCUCCAGAACGGGGGCUGCGGCUACGUCCUGCGGCCGGCCGUCAUGCGAGAUGAGGUUUCCUACUUCAGCGCCAACACGAAGGGUGUGGUGCCUGGCGUGUCUCCUCUGGCGCUGCACAUCAAGAUCAUCAGCGGCCAGAAUUUCCCGAAGCCCAAGGGAGCGUGCGCCAAAGGCGACGUCAUCGAUCCCUACGUGUGCGUGGAGAUACACGGAAUCCCGGCCGACUGUGCCGAGCAGAGAACUAAAACUGUCCAGCAAAACAGCGACAACCCUAUUUUCGAUGAAACCUUCGAGUUCCAAGUCAACCUUCCCGAGCUGGCCAUGAUCCGCUUCGUGGUUCUGGACGACGAUUACAUCGGGGAUGAGUUUAUAGGGCAGUACACCAUCCCGUUCGAGUGCCUGCAGCCGGGCUACCGGCACGUUCCCCUGCGCUCCUUCGUGGGCGACAUCAUGGAGCACGUGACCCUGUUUGUCCACGUGGCCAUCACGAAUCGGAGCGGCGGAGGGAAGGGGCAGAAGCGCAGCCUCUCGGUGAGGAUGGGGAAGAAAGUCCGCGAGUACACCAUGCUCAGGAAUGUCGGCCUCAAAACCAUCGACGACGUCUUCAAGAUAGCGGUUCAUCCCUUGCGGGAGGCCAUAGAGAUGAGAGAAAACAUGCAGAACGCCAUCGUGUCCGUGAAGGAGCUGUGCGGGCUGCCGCCCAUCGCCAGUCUGAAGCAGUGCCUGCUCACGCUGUCCUCCAGGCUCGUCACUGGUGACAACAGCCCCUCAGUCUCGCUGGUGAUGAGAGACACCUUCCCGUACCUGGAGCCUCUGGGUGCCCUUCCUGAAGUGCAGAAGAAGAUGCUGGCUGCUUAUGACCUGAUGAUUCAAGAGAGCCGGUUUCUCAUCGAGACAGCAGACGGAGUUCAGGAAAAGAUUGUUCAGUGCCAGAAAGCAGGUAUGGGCUUCCACGAGGAGCUGCAUAGUCUGGCGGCGAAGGAAGGCUUGAAAGGCCGGAAGCUCAGCAAGGCAGCGGAGAGCUUCGCGUGGAACAUCACGGUGCUGAAGGGACAAGGAGACCUGCUGAAGAGCGCCAAGCACGAGGCCCUGGAGAACAUGAAGCAGGUCCAGCUGGCCUGCCUGUCAUGCGGGCUGAGCAGGGCGGCCAGCAGCGGGGCCGAGGCCAAGGGCAAGCGCAGCCUGGAGGCCAUCGAGGAGAAGGAGGGCGGUGAGGACAAUGGGCAGCCCUGAGUGCCCUCCAGCACCACCUGCUCUGUGCUGUCUUCACCUUUGUGGAGUCUACGCAAGAUGCACUCUGGGGGUGUCGGACAGACAGUUCCACAAUGUCAGUAUUUUGAUGUAGUUAAUUUAUCUAAGUUAAAACCUUUAGAAACAGUGUUUUAAAUCCUGAGAUGUGUGUACUCACCCGUGUGUGUGUGUGUGUGUGUGUGUGUGAGAGAGAGAGAGAGAGAGAGAGAGAGAGAGGAAUCUGUUCUGUGUUGCAUUAUUCAUGUUACUCCUUUAGUAAAUUAUUCUUCUGUCUGUAUCAUCAUGUUGAUGAUGAUAACAAACUUGUUAAUCUGAAAUUCUAACGAGCUCUCCCUGUAACCUGGCUCUGUGCUGAAUUCCACGUCUCUGCCUCUGUUGUUACUGUAGAGAUCUUAGUGUAGCUUAUCACUGAAGAAAGCCAAAUUUGCCAAAGCAUAGGUGUUUUGAUAGAUUAAAUAUAGAUUAAAAAUUCGUAAGAAUCACAGUAGAAAUUGUAACAAAUGGAAGAUUAAACAAACAUUCAGAAGUACUGGAAAGAUGAACAACAGUCAUUUCCUCAGUUAGCAAACUUUCAAAUGUCGAAUAAAAUAAAUGUUUAGGAAGUUUCCUGUAGUCAUUUACUAAACAUGCAGUUCAGUGGUCAUAAAUGGACUGGCACCCACUUGCGCAGCACUCAGAAGCACACGAAAGCUGGACUUGGACGAGACACUGGCGUUCAGGCACAGGGCUGCAGGGUUUGCAGGAAGGCUUCGUUUCUCUGCACCGGGCUCCAGUGCUCAUCUCCCACGACAGUCGCAGGCCUCCGCAGGGCUUUGGUGUGGCUGCGAGUCAGUGCAGAGACUGAACUUACCUUUCAGGACACAUUCUGGGGGUCAGCUAGCAUCUGCGCGAUGAUUCCAGAACUAGCUGAAUACAAAGCAUCUGUAAUUUUAACACAGAAAAACACAUGCAAAAAAGAAACAAAUGACUAAUUAGCGUCCAUACGGAAUUACAUCUAGACCAUUUUUGCCCUAAUGUCUUCAUAGAGUACUUGAGUAUAAUGUUCAUUACCUCCAACAGAACUGAAUGUUCUAUGGUUAUGAAAGAAUGUAUUUAUUUAAAGCAUUGCUUUUAUUUUGAAGAGCUUCUUAAUUAAUUUGAUUAACAAAUAUGCUAAUUGGGGGAACUCUGGAGAAGAUAACUGUUGAAAUUUUGCAAAUAUAAACAUCUUCUUUAGCUCCUG